AUGGAAAUACUCCAAUUCAUAUUGCAGUCCAAAAUUGUAAUAUUAGUAAAAUUUCUUCUUUCACAUGGCGCAAAUAUUUCUCUCCAAAAUUUUGAUGGAGAAACUGUUCUUCAUGUAGCUAUUAAUGGUAAUUUCUCUAAUUCAAAAGACAAACACGGGGAAACUGCUUUGAUGAUUGCGGCCGAACGUAAUAAAUGUAAGAUAGCAAAAAUUUUAAUAUCUCAUGGCGCAAGUAUUAACAUAAAAGAUAAUUAUUUACAAACUGCUCUUCAUUAUGCUGCGGUAUACGAUAGCGCAAAAAUGACCGAGUUCCUUUUAUCCCAAGGCACAUAUAUAAAUUUAAAAGAUAAAAAUGGAUGGACUCCGCUUCACCAUGCAGUAUUUAGAAAAAAAUUAAUAUAG